CUGCAACGGAAAUUUUCAGGAAUCUACCUCUCCGUGGUCUCCGAUGUGAAUGCGUUUGUGCUAUUUUCACCAAAGCAUGGCACCAAUCAUUCCAGGACAUCAAUAUUUUUAGAGAACGGUUGUCCAUCAAGCUCAAGUCACAUUGUGGGAACGGAGUCCGGACGACGUCAUGUGCUUCAGCUCGAUAGCAUCAUGAGGCUGGAUUGUGCCGUUAUGGUUCGGACUGCUUCAAGUAUUAUCACCAUGGUCGUCACUGUUCUUCACUCCGUCGAAAAAGACUGUGGUGUUCCGGGUGCUGAGUUACAUCGCACUCAAAUAACGUUGUCAGCGCCGUUGGCGAAUUACAAAUCUCUGGAUUUAGACAAACAAUCUCCUUUUCUGCAUCUGCAGCUGAUGUCGCCAACAAAUUUUACCUCAGCAGCACGUUCACUUACCACACUAAUGCUCCAUCUUAAUUAUAAUGGCAAUACCGAAAUGCGCCUUACAGCCAUACAGAUGAGGGCCUGGCUCAACGGUCGGAUAAAGCUUCUCAGCGUGGCAUCAGCAGAUUCCAAAUCUUGGACAAUUGAGGUGGAUUCUGCAGCUCAUCCCGAUCCUCAUACUACUAUCACAUGCCAGUACUCCUCUGGAGAUUACUUGGAAAGAAGCUCAAAGUCGGAAGGCGACAUGCACUCGGACGACACAAUUAACAUUCACUGGACAGUGCAAUACGUGGUCGCUGAAAACUCCACCUUUACGGAUAAAACAGUAACGAAACGGGUUACGACGCAAUUCCGAAUUACACCAGACGUCGUCUAUUCACUUCUACCGAUGCUGAAAGAUGAGAAUCUGAUAAACACGGCAGUGCUGUCCGGCAAGCAGGCAUCAGUGCCAAUGAAAAUAUUUGCGGUAACGGAAGCUGGAGAUCUGAAUGAUGUGACGAGUAAUUCGCACUGCCUGAGCUCUGAAUCACGUGUCCUGAAAAGCUCACCGACCUGCAGCUCCCUCUAUGUGGACGGGUCAGAGCUACGUGGCAUGGGGAAGAUCAAAGUUCAUGUACACUUCGAAGCAUUAACAACAUCAGUUGAAAUAACAGUCUGGUAUCCACGGCUUCCCAUAACUGUCUGGAUUUCAGAUCCAAUCCUGAAUGCUGUCAAAGACUGGCAGAUAGCAGUAUGGAAGUGGCUUCCUGGCAGUCGCAGGCGCAGAGAAGCACGACAGUUCGGAUGCGUCAACAGGAUAACGGUACGAUCGAACACACCGAAUAUUGAUUAUGGCAGCGCACCCGUAGUGGUUGCGGAAGACGCUGUGUCGGUGCGAAGAUUGGUUGUGGAAGGAGUGGUUGACAUUGACCUGGAUAUUGAGCGAGUACCGCAGAGACCUCGCGAAUACAUUGUCUCGACAUUCGUGCAAAAUACUUUAACUCACAAAUAUCAGGACAUCGAGCUGAUCGCCCUACGCAAUUCCAACGAUAUUCUGCUCUCAGUCAGCUUGCACAGUCCAGCGGCAUGCAGUGAACCGGACUCUAAAGCAAUUGCGCAGGUAGAAUAUCCGGUGCAGGUGCAAUUCGACGAGAAACCAAAAAUUGCCGGCUCGCCAGCUCCAGAUAUCAACUAUAACGGAAGCAUUAUUUCGGUGGCUUCGUCAACCUCAAGCAACUGGCAUUCCGAACUGUUGCUCGGCCUGAUCAUCGUAUUCGGAGCCCUAAUCGGCAUUGUGUACGCAGUUGGCGCACGCGCCAGACGGCCGUUCAACGAAGGUUAUGAGAAGCUCGUGCUGCCGAUCCUUACGCGUCUCAGCUCUUCCAGCUCUUGCGGCAAGGAUGAGAAUUCACAGGAAUGGGUAUGGCUCUCGAAAGCACAAAUUGAUAGCGCCAGCAUACACAGCAGAUAUUCGCAAAAAUCAACGGUGGAUAUAGCAGCGACUGCUUCGGCGGCGGCAAAUUCAUCGAGUUUGAGCAUCGGUAGCACGCAACGCAGCGUGUCCUAUCGUGGAUCCGAGAUCAGCGUUUUCAUCUCACCGCAGCCUGCUAUUGCUAUCAAUCACGAUUCACUGAGCAGACAUACGACGAGUUGGCGUGGUAGGCCAAAGGUGAAGCUUGCCAGAAAUGCGAUGAUUGACAGCAGCUCGUCGGAGCACAAUCUUUCGAGAUAUUCAAACGCGAAUGGUUUGUUUGUUUUUAGACAUGGUUAUGGUUUUGGUGUGCAGUGUAUCGAGUACAAAGAUUCCUGGUGCCGACGAGGAGCAAUAGCCGCUGAAAGAUGUGCUGAGCGUAAUUUGUCGAAUAUCGACGGAGUUCGUGAGACUGUCGCCUAG